GGAGGAGGGGCAGCAGGGACAGUGCGGGUUGGGGACGACGCCGAUUUACACCAGCCGGCGAUCAGACCCUGCAGCUGGGCUGAGCGGAGAAGCCGGACCUGGGGGCGUUUCCCGCAUCCUCUUCCAAGCAGCCCCCGGGUUGCAAGGGGAGAAUCCGGUGCUCGCUUUGCACCCAUGUAAACGAGAGUCGGGGAGAAUCCGCUGCUCAGUUUGCAGCCGUGUAAACGAGGCCAGGGCCGGCUCCAAGGCGGGGCUGGGGAUCACAUGAGCGGAUGCAGCGAGGAGCGGUAGCUGGGCCUGAGCUAGCCAGGCCGCCCCCCGACCAUGGGGCAGGCGGUGAGCCGGGCUCCCCCGGCCCCACCGGACCCGGACCCGAACUCGCUGCCGGACGAGCUGCUGGCGCUGAUCCUGAGCUGGGUGCCGGGCCGCGUCCUGGUGACCCGCUGCCGGCUGGUGUGUCGCCGCUGGCGGGACCUCCUCGACGGCCCCACGGUGUGGCGGCUGCAGGGCGAGAGGCGGCCGGGCUUGCGGGCCACCCUGGCGGCCGCCCGCCUCUGCCUCCCGCCGCGGUGGAGCCGGAUCUGCCUGCUGGAGCCCUUGGGGCGCAACCUGCUCCGGAACCCCUGCGGGCAGGAUCAGUUCUGUCACUGGCAAGUGGAGCAUGGGGGCAAUGGCUGGAUGGUGGAAGAGAACCGCUGCCCAGUCGAGGACGCCCCGGCCCAGACCUGCUUCGUCUCAUCCUUUCAGUGGUGCAUCAAAUCGCAGCUCGUAGAUCUUCUAAAGCAGGGGUUGUGGGAAGAACUGCUGGAUAACUACCAACCGGAAAUCUACAUCUCCGAUUGGUGGGGCGCCCGGGAAGACUGUGGCUGUGAAUACUCCAUCUGCGUCAAGCUCCUGGCUGCCGACGGAAGAACUGUAAUUGCUGAAUUCCAGGCCAACCCCGAUCCCAUACAGCAGUGGAACGACGCACGGUAUCACCAGGUGUCCUACUGGUUCAGGCAGUACGGCUGCGGAGUCCGGUAUGUGCAUUUCCUCCACAAAGGGAAGGACACUCAUUUCUGGGCAGGACACUACGGCGCACGGAUCACCAACUCCACAGUCAUGGUGAAGCUCAGCUGAGAGCCAGGAGCGGGUCUCCACGAGUCUCUCACGCAAGCCGGAAUGAUGAUCUCCAUUUGCCGCUGCGAGCUCCUCUCCUGUCCUAGAACAAAUCAGAGGGAUGCGUCUCCUUUAAAUUAAUAUGCCUCUACGCUUUUUCGGUCCGUUCUUUCCGGCCAGCCUCGUCCUGUACAGGACAAAAGAGUACCGUGGCGACUCUUGAGGUUCCUAGUGCCUGUGAACCUGCCCCUGCACAGCAGAAGCAACAAGUCUUUAAAGAUGGAAACAACUGGGCUUGUGCCAUUAUUUGUGGGGCUUUGGGAUUGUGCCAUCGGAGCAUGAAGGGGUUAAAAAAAUAGUUCUUUGAGGUGGUUUUUUUUACCACCGUGAGGAGAAGUUGUCAGAUCUUCUCUGCCACGUUUCCGUUUGGAAGCUGCAGAGAUUUGGUUUGGGAGCUCGCUGUGUGUUCUGUUAACGGAAGAGUUUUUUCUGCCAGCUGAUGCCUGUGGCGUUGCCUGUCUGAUGUGUAUCCAGAUUCACAGGCAGCAGGGGAUACCGUCCUGUUGACCUGGAGGCGUGAUGCUGGGGGAUCUGGUGUUCUGUGUUACCUGUCUCAAAAACCCAAAUUCUGCCCCCACUGAAGUCCGAGGCUCUGAUUCUCCUACUGCUCAAAUGAUUGAGUGAAGAAUGAGGCCUGCUGACUCCAAUGGUCUUAAGCCUGGUUUACACCGGAGAGAUAGAGAAGGGACUUAGGGUAGCCAUACAGUCCUAGCACUGAGCAACCUCCCAGCCCAUUCCCUUGGUGCGGAGAGAGCUGGAAUGGAUGGUGGCACUUGGAGCAAGGCUGCUAUUGUUUAAAAUGAUCCCAUGGGCCUGGGCUGAAAUCCCUGGUAGGUUAGUUACUGAGAGAGCUAAUGGGUUUCCUGUUGGUCUGAAUUGUUUUUAUCAAUAAAAGGGUAUGGAAGUUUUCAGCUGGUCACCAACCAGAAAAGAGGGGCCAGCGAGUAUAUGAGCUGUUCAGUUUCAGAGGGCUCUGUCCUGAAACGGAAUCGCUGAAUAUGACAUAAGCAGCUUGUUAAUGAAGAUUAAAGUGCUUUUCUGAACAGCA